AUGAUGGAGGACAACGACGAGGACGAAGAGGCACGGAGCGUGUCGUCGUCUCGUUCCCGAAGGCAGGUCCGGAGUGCCCAUGGGAGGAGCGCGUCGAUGUCGUCCUCCAAGAAGGGGAAGGCGAGGGCGAAGCUAGAAGACGAAGACGAGCAAGAGGAGGGAGAGGAGGAAGAGAAGCCCCGUCCCGCGAAACGCGCACGCGCGCGUAAAACCUCCACUCUCCCUCCAAAGUCCCCCAAAAAGUCGUCCCCUGCUAACUACGAAAUCGAAAACGGCGAAGACACAGACGGCACCGACGACCUCAACGCUAUGGACGUCGACGACCAUCCUUCCACUCCCCCGCUGGCGUCACCUCCAAAGUCACCCCACUGCCCUCUCUCUCAAUCCAACUCCAACUCUAAAUCCCGGCCUAUCAAGCCCAUCCCGAUAAGCCCAAAACCAAAAACCAAACCCAAGUCCAAACCAACGCCAACGAAGAGCCCCCUCUCUUCCUCUUUCGUUGCACCUGCCCCGCCUGCACCACCCAGUCCUUCGCGAUCGGAGAGUCCGACGAGAGUAGGUAAGGGAGGGAGGAGGGUGGAAGUUGAGAUUAUCUCGCGGAGUCCUGGUAUGGGUGGCGGGGUGCAGAAGAAGGGGAGUUUGGCCAGUCUCCACGGACAUCUGCAGAAGAAGGGGAGUGGGUCGAGUUUGAGGGGUAAGGCAAACGGGAGUGGGAACGCGAAUGGAGGUGGGACAGGGAAGGCGAGAGACCUGGGCGAGGUGGUUGAUACGAGUGUGGAUGGGGAGGAGUGGGGCUGA